AACUAUUGUACCAGGAGCACAGCCUUUUUUUAUGUGGUAAUAUAAGUAGGGCCUACGUAGCAGUAUUGACUUGUCAAGGCAUUGAUUGGAGUAUACUUCGUUUGAGAAAUAUAACCACAAAAAAAGGGAUGCUGAGCAACAAUCAGGGUGAGUUACCGUUUCUGGUUUUUUUUUUGUUGUUUUUUUUAAUUCAUUUGUUAUUUGUCGUACAUUUUGUGUUGUAGGUUAUCGUAGGUCUAGACAUGGCGAGACCAAGUGAUCCUGGUCUAAAGAUAGGAUCAUCGAAGGUUAUUAAUAUCGUUGUAUACCGUUACAUACACGGAAAAGCGAUUUCCAUUUUGACAAUAUUAAAUUUAUAUUAAGAAUACAUAAUCAAAGAGACAGAAAUAAAAUUUAUAUUAACCCUACAGCACAGUCGGAGAAAAAGAACAUUCCUUGAAUAUAUUUACAAAUAUUAAUAAAUAAUGACAUGGAUUGUAGGGAGUACAAAGUAGGUCAACACACGGGCUUUAACAAUAAACAUAUCGACUGUUACUAGACUUGGAGCUUUACGGGGACUUGGGAUUUUGUAAUAUACUGCGAUGUUACGAGAAGUCAACCAAAUUCUAUUAUAUAAUAGUCACAAUAGACGACCAUUGGAGUUGUCAAACUCUUUGUUGAUACCUUGCCUCCCAUGAUCUGGUCGAACGACUCUUACGUCAUUGCUUCCCUAUUAUAUUACAAACCGGUAUAGAGUCCAGUUGUUGCUUUGUAGUAGACAUUCUAACACUGUUAUUUCACUUGAUCUGAGUGGGAAAGAUCUGAUCUAAUUUCCCUUGAUCUGAUCUUGUGUGGUUGGAAUCGUUUGAGCCAAUAUAUAUCUAUGUUCCCUGUAUUCGAUCAUGUGGGGUUGGAAUCGUUUGAGCCAAUAUUUAUCUAUGUUCCAUGUAUUCGAUCAUGUGGGGUUGGAAUCGUUUGAGCCAAUAUUUAUCUAUGUUCCCUGUACUCGAUCAUGUGGGGUUAGAAUCGUUUGAGCCAAUAUUUAUCUAUGUUCCCUGUAUUCGAUCAUGUGGGGUUGGGGGCGUUUGAGUCAAAUCUGAAAUCAAGAGACAAAUCGCUUGGAACAGCGUUUUCUUUUUAUUCAGAAUUUACAAAUGCUUCCUCAUUGAAAAGAGUUGUUGCUCCAUAAACCAAUAAAAUAAUCGCUUUUAAAGGUACGUCAAAUACGAUGAAACUGGCCGGAAAAUACCUGAUCCCAGAGUUUAAAUGGAACAAAUGAUGAUAAUAACAAAAAUAUCUUAAAUUUUUCUUGUAAUAUAGAAAGUGGGACAAUGAAAAGUAUAGAUUGUUUACUUCUUUAUUCUUCAGAUUUUUCUGGAGGUCUUGAAAGUCAAUGUUCCACCCUUGAGAGGGCUCAGAAAGUUCGGGAUGACCAAGGUGACUUGAUGCUUGCUCAAUGUUGAUAAAGGGCAGAUGUGUUGGUGACUUGAUGCUUGCUUAAUGUUGAUAAAGGGCAGAUGUGUUGGUGACUUGAUGCUUGCUUAAUGUUGAUAAAGGGCAGAUGUGUUGGUGACUUGAUGCUUGCUUAAUGUUGAUAAAGGGCAGAUUUGUUGGUGACUUGAUGUUUGCUUAAUGUUGAUAAAGGGCAGAUGUGUUGGUGACUUGAUGCUUGCUUAAUGUUGAUAAAGGGCAGAUGUGUUGGUGACUUGAUGCUGGUUUAAUGUUGAUAAAGGGCAGAUGUGUUGACACAAUGGCGUGUACAGGCUGCAGAGUUUGAAUGAAAUUAAAUAAAAGCGGAUAAUAGGGCAUUCGUAAAUAAAUUUUGUUUAACAAUUUACAAACAUUAUGUUUAACUCAAAAUAAUACAUUUCUUAUAUUACACAAAUAUUUUAAGAACGCUUUGGAAAUGCUUUAGCAUAUAUAGGAAUAAGAAAAUAAAUAUCUUGCACUUUGAAAUUUACGUUGUUACAAUUUUUAUUUGUAUAUACAAAACAUCUCAUUUGAACGUAGACCUUACAAUUUGUGGUUAUCUGCAGGCCACCACGAGGCUGAGAUCACCUGUGGCAGUGAGGGAGACUUAGUCAGCCAUCUUAAAACGUGCCCGAAAAACCCCGACCACAUCGACUUCAUCGCCGUCGAUCAGUUCCAAGCCCGCCAUCUGCCGCCCACCUACCGCCAACACGGGUUCGUCGAGUUGGUGCGGGCAGUCGCCGAGUUUUCUGUGCGUGUUCUCGUACGACGCACGAGCUACGCCAGGCCGGAGCUCUAUCCGGGCACACACGAUCCGUACCCGUUUUACAACUUCAGGGGUAGCCGUCACGUCCGGCUGGGCAGCGGGUGGAUCGACGGGGUCGGGCAGAAGUUCACAGUGGAAGACAACAGACGGUGCCCGUGUUUUAAGUGUAGAUCGUCAUCCGCCCCGUCCAUGCGGUGGGGCCAGUUUUGGGUCCACACCGCGCUCCAUGUUGUGUUCAAUUCAGAGGAAGCCGUCCACGCGGAGUGCGAGCUGUUUUUCGAUGACGAUGACGACCGCAGCGCCGUCUGCGUGCUGAGCGGGGUAGAGAUUAUAGGCAGCUGCCUGGAAGACACGUGCUCACUUCGCUGCGUCACGCACGAGCUGGAGGUCGUAGAUAGGCUACAAUCGAAAUGGCAGCGGCUGCACGGGCUGCAGGAAGAUCUUCUUAAGCAGAGUCCGAACACGGAAAACUUUGAGAAACUGUCUUUGAUCGUGUCUUAUCCCCACGGAUGCAGCAAGAAAAUAUCCGUCGGAGAAUGGACCCAUAGGCAGGAAGUGAGUCCUGGCUGGACACAGUAUGUCUACACGACGUGCACUUGCCCGGGGUCAAGUGGCGCCCCCGUAUAUCUUCUAGGACAGGAGAGGGGCCUGGAGCUGGCCACCAAUCACCCUCACAGUGCCCGCUGUGAGGAGCCGGGGCUAAAUAUCAGUGGGAUUUGGUGGGAACGGACCAGGUGAACAGGUUUUCUUAAGUCAGAAUGAACGUUCGAUUUUGUGAGUGUUCGAUGAUCUAUGAAUCUCUGCAGCGAAGACAUUCGAGGAUCUGAAGUGUAUACAUUGAGGACCAUAGAAUCUUUGCGGGGAAGUCAAAGGAGGCUCUUAAGUGUACAUUUAGGACCAUUGAAGCUCUACAUGAGUUAAUUUAUUG